AUGCUGCAGAUCGCGGAGGAGCGCACCCAGCGCCGCAUGGAGGUGGCGGAGGCGAGGCUGAGGCUGGACGCGAUGGAGGAAGCCGGCGCGCGGGUCGAGGCGGCGGCCGCCGAGGCCCCCGCGGCGAACCGGGAGGCGGAGGCGAGACUGCUGCGCGUCGCGGCGGAGGCGGCGGGCGCGGUGGACGCAGCCAAGAGGGACCUGGAGGAGCUGGCCCGUGCCGAGGCGGAGCGGGUCGUGGCCGAGAUCCGGGGCGUGGCGGUGGAGGAGCGUCCAACGCUCUUCGUGGCCGCCAGGCCCGACGUCGGCGCCUCGAGGGCGGCGGAGCUCGCGGCGGAUGCUGGGGCCGAGCUGCGGUCGCUGAUGGGCGAGCUUGAGGCGCGGCUGGCCGGGCGCGUGGCCGCCCUGGAGGCGCAGAGCGCUGCGGGGGCGACGGAGGCGAGGGCGCUCGUGGAGCGGCUGGACGGCCGCCUCGCUGAGCGCGUGGCCACCUCGGAGAGGGCGGCGGCCGAGGCUAUGGCUCUGGCGACGGAGCUCGAGUCGCGGCUGUCUGGGCGCGUAGCCUCGCUGGAGGCAAAGGGCCCGCCGGGCGGCGCCGAGGUCGGCGAGCUUGCGUCGCGCCUGGCGGGGCUCGAGGAGCGGGGCUCGGCCGGGACCGCCGAGGCGAGGGAGCUCGUGUCGGACCUGGAGUCUAGGCUCGCCGUGCUCGUCGCCUCGCUGGAGGAGCGCGCGGCGAGCAGAGGCGCCGAGAUGGGCGUGAACGUGGCGCAGCUGGACUCCCGGCUCGCCGGGCGCAUCGUCUCGCUCGAGGCGCAGGGCAUGGCCAGGGACACGGAGGUGAGGGCGCUCAUAUCGGAGCUGGAGUCGCGCGUCGAGCGGCACGCCGCCGCGGCGGAGCCGCGGGCGCGCGCGGAUGCCGUGGCGCUCGUGGCGGAGCUGGAGGCGCGGCUGGCCGAGCGCAUCGCCUCCCUGGAGGCGCGGCACUCCGAGGCCGCGGCGGCGGCCGCGAGGGCCGAGGCUGGCCUCAAGAGGGAGGAGGGCAGGCUCGCGGAGCUGGCCUCGUUGGUGAGCGUGGCGCAGGAGGGAAAGGGUGUCGGCCUUGGAGCAGCGGGCGAAGGAGGCGGCCGCCAGCGGCCAGGCCUGCCUGGAGGAGUGCCAAGGCGCGUCCGCCCGGGUCCUGGCGGCGGAGCAGGGCCUGGACUCCCGCGUGCGUGA